UAACGUCGAAUGAUGAAGAUGAUUCUUCUCAAGAAAUCAAUGAAGAUGACUAUGAUGGUAUAUCCUCAGAGAAUCAAUUGUAUGAAAUCGAAAAAAAUCAAAACUUUACUUCAACGUUUGAACUGUUCCGUUCAAUAAUUCAUUUAGUUCAAUAUGGCUCUGCUUUCGAUGACCUAAGAAUAUGGAUGUUGCCUACAGUCCGAAAUGCCGCGGAUAUAUAUUUCGAAAAAAUAUCUGAGAACGUUAGUGCAACGAUUAUUGAGAAAGCCACAUUACGUUAUGGAGCAUCAAACAUAAUUGACUUAUCUGCACACAUAAAGAGUUGGUUUUCCUCCAAUGAUAAGAGAUUUAUGAUGAAAUACUAUGAGUUUAUAUUACGAAUUUCUGAGUUAGCAUUGAAAAAGAAGACAUUCGAAGAUUUUACUGUUAAUUUUCACCUAGGGAUAGAGUUUGCAACCUGA